GCGCGCGGGGCCCGGCGCGCAUGCGCCGCGCCGACCCGCGGCGCCGCUGCAGCAGCGGAGCGGUGGCCAAAGGCAGCGAGCCCAGUAAGAGACAUGGCUAGAGAUGGCGAGGGACGCGGCGAGGCACCCACCGGGGCUGCGGAGGCUGGCGUAAAAGGACGGGGGCCGUAAAACUGAUCCGACGUCGUCUCAAAAAAAAAUUACAUAAACCACCAAAAAAAAAAAGAGAGCGAGCAACCAAGCAGCAGCAGCAGCAGCAGCAACAAAACCAAAAAUACCGACAAAAGCCCGGCCGCCCCCGCCGAGCCGGUCCCCGCCGGGGGAGGCAGCCUGCAUGCACCCGCCGUGAGGAGCUCCGAGGACCGCCCGGCCCACGCCGGGUAGAUGUGCUGGCCGCCCGCCCGCCCGGGGAAUGAUGAACGCGCAGCUGGCGAUGGAGAACAUCGGCGACCUGCACGGCGUGAGCCAUGAGCCGGUGCCCGCCACGGCCGAGCUCAUGAGCGGCAGUCCCCACCACCGCAGCUCCGUGACCCACCGCAGCAACCACCUGCCGGGCCACCCUCGCUCCAUGGGCAUGGCGUCCAUCCUCGACAGCGGCGACUACCACCACCACCACCGGCCCCCCGACCACGCUCUGACGGGACCCCUGCACCCCACCAUGACCAUGGCCUGCGAGACGCCCCCCGGCAUGAGCAUGAGCAGCACCUACACCACGUUAACCCCUUUGCAGCCUCUACCUCCCAUCUCGACGGUCUCGGACAAGUUCCCUCACCACCACCACCACCACCACCACCACCACCACCCCCACCAGCGGAUACCGGGCAACGUGAGCGGCAGCUUCACCCUCAUGAGGGACGAGAGGGGUCUGGCGUCCAUGAACAACCUCUACACCCCCUACCACAAGGAUGUUACCGGCAUGGGGCAAAGCCUCUCGCCUUUGUCCGGAUCGGGCCUGGGGGGCAUCCAUAACUCCCAGCAGGCGCUGCCCCACUACGCCCACCCCAGCGCCACCAUGCCCGCCGAGAAGAUGCUCACCCCGAACGGCUUCGAAGCCCACCACCCCGCCAUGCUGGCCAGGCACGGCGAGCAGCACCUCACCCCCACCUCGGCCGGCAUGGUGCCCCUCAACGGCAUCCCGCACCACCCCCACGCCCACCUCAACGCCCAGAGCCACGGCCAGAUCCUGGCCUCCGCCCGGGAGCAGAACCCCUCCGUGGCCGGCUCGCAGGUCACCGCUGGAAGUAAUUCAGGGCAAAUGGAGGAGAUCAAUACCAAAGAGGUGGCCCAGAGGAUCACCACCGAGCUCAAGCGGUACAGCAUCCCCCAGGCCAUCUUCGCCCAGCGGGUGCUGUGCCGCUCCCAGGGGACCCUCUCGGACCUGCUGCGGAACCCCAAGCCCUGGAGCAAGCUCAAAUCCGGCCGGGAGACCUUCCGCAGGAUGUGGAAGUGGCUCCAGGAGCCGGAGUUCCAGCGCAUGUCUGCUCUGCGCCUGGCAGCGUGCAAGAGGAAAGAACAAGAGCAUGGGAAGGAUAGAGGAAAUACCCCCAAAAAGCCUCGGUUGGUCUUCACGGAUGUCCAGCGUCGGACUCUACAUGCAAUAUUCAAGGAAAAUAAGCGUCCAUCCAAAGAAUUACAAAUCACCAUUUCCCAGCAGCUAGGGUUGGAGCUGAGCACCGUCAGCAACUUUUUCAUGAAUGCACGGAGGAGGAGUCUGGAUAAGUGGCAAGACGAGGGCAGCUCCAAUUCAGGCAACUCAUCUUCUUCAUCAAGCACUUGUACCAAAGCAUGAAGGAAUAACCACAAACUAAACCUCGGUGGAAAAGCUUUAAAAAUAAAUAAAUAAAUAAAGACAGACCAGGACCUCAAGAUAGCAGGUUUAUACUUAAAACUAUUUGAAAAAAAUGUUAUUUAUAAGUCCAAAGAAACCAAAGACUUAUUUCACCUGCAUUAUGACUUUAUUCUAAGACACACACUUUAGUAGGACGACGACUUGCAAAAAAAUAAGAAGAAAGAAGAAAAGGAAAUGGAUGAAACGGAACACAAAGAGAAAAGGAAUAAACCACUGGUCUUACACCUUCGCCCAUGACCAUUUUCACCGUUCUUGGCUGUUUAGUGGUUUGGAGCAUAGUGAUUUCUUGUCAUUGAAUGGACAUCUUUUCAGAUAUGGCUCUUCAUUUCCACAGCAAUUGCCAUGAAGGUGUAGAGUGUAUCCGUACUGUGUACACGCCGGUGGCUAGGGACUUAGUCAGGGCUGGUCUUCAGAGAGGGUUGUGCGGUAGCAUGACCGACAAAGCGUGGAGUCGUCUGAAUCCAUUUGAACGGUAGUGUGGUUUUUGCUGUUUCGUUGUUUGAACUUAGCUGGUGCAACGCCUGGAAACAAGUUCAAACUAGGCAAAGAAAUUUGAAUGAUACCUAAACCAGUGCAUUCUCUUUGUUUGUUAAGGAAUGUUCAGAUUUAAAAAAGGAAAACUAUUCCAUCCAUAAAAAAUCGACUAGCUACCAAAGAACACAUUUAAUAAUUAUAUUGCAGGUAUUUUAUUGCAAUGAUUUUAAUAUUCCAAAGCUAUUUUUACACAAAAUACUAUGUAGAGUUAUAGGUAUAAACUAAUCUAACUGUAUAACACAUAAAACUAGUAAUCAAGACUGUUAUUUGGAAUUAGUUAAACCACAUCACUGUUUGUUUUCAUGAUUGGCAAGAAAGAAUGUCAUCUAAGGAGUUUGUACCCCAUGUCAAAGCACAGAUACUGAUAAGGGGAUGCUGCUUCUGUUGAAGUCAUGGGCAUUUUUGCUGUUGACUUCAGCAGAAGCAAAAAAAAAAAGGGGGGCCUUUACAGUUUUGUGUGAGAUAGCGUGGUAGCUCUCGAGUGUGCACCCCUUUAUUACUGUCCCAGGCUGAUCCUGCUGGAAGCCCCUUGAACAACCACCUCUCCAAACCGUGUCUCCUAUGUAAAACAGCUCAGCUCUGCCACCUAGCCUGCAAAUGUGAGACUUAAGACAGCUGGUGUGCAAAAAUUAAAAGUAUGGAAAACAGUAAAACCGCAAGGCCCAGCACCUGAUCAAGACCCGUUGACAUUAGUGAGCUUUUUUUUCCCCUACCUUUAAUAAGGAAAGGAAUAGGAAUAGGUUGGAAGACUCUUGGUCUUUUCCUAUUGAAAAAGUAGUGCAGCAUCAGUGAACUUUAGCGGGAACAGCUCCAACGGGAGCCCCAAUAGUGCUUUUAGGAGGCCAAAUUACGGUUCCAUUGAAGUCAAUAGCAAAAUUCCCAUGGCACCAAGAUACAGCCUGUUGUUUGUGGCUUCGUAUCUGUGUGUAACAGGCUGAGCUUUUCCUCUUGUGCAUUCUUUCUUGCUCAUCUGUUAAUCAGGUUAAUGCAUGAAAUAGUUUAAAAUUUAUAAUUGAAAAGGUUUAAACGCUCUGUUGCUAACAGAACUUUAGACAAUAAAUCAUCCGGUCCUUACUCUGAUAAAAUUAAAAAGAAAAGCGUGCAACAUCUGCAUAUUAAAUUUUAGUAUAAGGGGAAAAGAGACUUUAAAAACCAUACACAUGCCUGUUAGAUUUCUAACUGGUAUUUCAAACUACUGUAGUAAUUCUAAGUACAUUAAAUUAGAAAGUAACCAAAUAUGCAGGUAUAUGUCCCAUUGCAAGAAUGAGAAAUAGGUAAUCUUACUUAUACUCUAUUUAAAAAAAAAAGAAGAAAAAGAAAAAUUCAAGGUAAACUAGAAUCCAGCCAACAUCAACAAUAGCAGAUACCGUCUUUUGUGGAGUCCACGCAGAACACUAGAGACACCACAGUUAGGCAGCUGUGUAGCACCACUUAUUUCCCAAGGCAACAGGGUCUAGUCACGUUUCAGGGUAUACAGUUAAUUGCCAGGAAGUGUUUAAAGUACAACUGAAGUAUCUCUUCAUUAAAAUAAAGUCAAAUGGAAAUGGGAUUUUUGACACCAAAUAUUUCUCCACAUUUUUCUGUGUUAAACCCACCUUAAGAUUGACAAAGCAAACGUAGUCUGUGAGUUUUCAGAGUCUCUAGCUUACCUUAAAUUUUAGCAAACUUUCUUUUAAAGUGUCCCAGUCCCACUGAGAUAUAAUUGGCAUGGAAAUAUUAAUAAGCUCACAUAUAAAGUAUCCUAUAAAUGCAGUCUCAUUAGUGUAAGAUUAAUAAAGGACAGUGAUAACUAAUGUUUUAGUUUUUUCCAGCAAAACACUGCUUUGUAACUUACUUAUAGUUUCAUAAAUAAAGCCUUAUUUAUUUAAAACUUGAGAAUUUAAAAAUGCAGGGAAAUUCAAAGUACAUUACCACGUUUUUUAGUAUUUCCAUUGUAUCGUCUUUAGAGACUACUUGCUGAAACCAAAGAGAACUUUCAUACCAGCAUUAAAUUUGCACCCAAUAUGCAAUUUCAGGAUCUCUGAUACACACACACAAGCCCCUGAUUCUGUCUGUGCGUGUGUACACACACACGCGCGCGCGCACACACACACACUUACUUUUGUGUGGGUGUA